UCUGACGUGAUCAUCUCUAUUGUUGUCCGAUUCCUUGCACUCGUAAAGCGUAAUUUUCUGUGAAAGUUUAUUUUUGCUAUAUCUUAUAUUUUGAAAAAGUUUUGUAAACUUCAGGCAAGAAUAAAAAUUUGGUGGGACUAAAUUAGAAAGGAAGAAGUCUAUCCACAAAAUAAUCAUCUAUAAGGAGUUUGCAUAAUUAAUUAACGGAAGUAAUCGGACUCGGUGUGUAUUACCAUGGCACAAUGGCUGCUCGCAGGUCAGCCUUAUCUGCUAGUGAAAUAUCGGGAAGUGAACCAUUAAAAGAACUUUUUGAAGCAUGCAGGAAUGGCGAUUUACUUCGUGUGAAAAAACUCGUUAAUAGUCAAAAUGUUAAUGCUCGUGAUACAGCGGGUCGCAAGUCCUCUCCACUUCACUUUGCUGCAGGUUUUGGUCGUCGUGAAGUAGUGGAGCAUUUACUUAGUCUUGGUGCUGUGGUUGGUGCUCGUGAUGAUGGAGGCCUCAUCCCAUUACACAAUGCCUGUUCCUUUGGGCAUGCUGAAGUUGUUUCAAUUUUGCUAAAGGCUGGUGCUGAUCCUAAUGCCCGUGAUAACUGGAACUACACUCCUCUACACGAAGCUGCCUCAAAGUCUAAGUUUGAUGUUUGUAUAGUUUUACUACAGCACUUUGCAGACCCCAGUAUACGGAACACAGAUGGAAAAACACCGCUCGACCUUGCUGAUACCUACGCUCGUUCUGUCCUCACUGGUCAAUAUAAGAAGGAAGAAGUUCUUGAAGCAGCCCGAGCUGGUCAGGAAGAACGGCUCAUGUCUCUACUGACUCCCCUAAACGUUAACUGCCACGCCAGCGACGGUCGCAAGAGCACGCCCCUCCACCUCGCCGCUGGCUACAACCGCACCCUCGUGGUGGCUGCCCUGCUGCAGCGCGGUGCUGAUGUCCACGCCAAGGACAAGGGAGGUUUGGUUCCUCUACAUAACGCUUGUUCCUAUGGGCAUUACGAAGUAACUGAGUUGCUGCUCAAGGCUGGUGCCAACGUCAACGCCAUGGACCUAUGGCAGUUCACUCCUCUGCACGAGGCUGCUGCUAAGGCCAGGAUUGAGGUUUGCUCACUGCUGCUGGCUCACGGUGCUGACCCUACGUUGCUCAACUGCCACUCUAAGAGCGCCAUCGACCUCGCCCCCUCCCGCGACCUGCAAGACCGACUCACCUACGAGCAUGCCGGCCACAGCGUGCUGGAGGCCUGCCGACAGGGUGACGCUGCGAAACUGAAGCGCCUCCUGACCUCACAACUCGUCAGUUUCUCGCACCCCUUCACUCAUGACACUCCAUUGCACUGCGCGGUGUCCUGUGGUGGUGCGCGGUGCCGUGCAGUAGUGGAGCUGCUACUGCGCAAGGGCGCCGGUCCUCUCGCGUCCGAAAAGAACAAAGACGGGCUCACUGCCCUGCACCUUGCCGCGCAGUGCGGGCCGGUGGCCGCAGACCUGCUCGAGCUGCUCCUCAGACACGGCGCUAAAGUCAACGUCCUCGACGGGGCCGGACAAACCGCUCUGCACCACGCGGCGAGCUGUGGGGACGCUAAGGCAUGCCACGUGUUGCUGCAGUUCGAGGCGGACACGAGCAUCACGGACGCUCAGGGCCACACCGCUGCACACCUCGCCCCCCUCCACCUCGCGCCCCUCAUUGCUGGUGACGAUGGCAGUUUAGUCCCCAUGGGCGUGGCAACAUCCAGCAGCAGCAGCAGCUCUAACAACAACAAUAAUAAUAACAGCGGCAGUGGAGCGGUCUCCAUACCCAGCACUGGCAGCCUCUGUACAGACAGGGAGCAGCAAAUGCUGGAGGCGGCUCGCGCGGGAGACGUAGAGUGCGUGCGGAGCAUCUUAGCAGCGCAGCCCAGCCUUGUGAAUGUGCGGGACCUGGACGGCCGGCACAGCACGCCGCUACACUUCGCUGCCGGCUACAACCGCGUGCCCAUAGUGGAGAUGUUGCUGCACCACGGCGCUCAUGUGCACGCCAAGGAUAAGGGGGGGCUGGUGCCGCUGCACAACGCGUGUUCAUACGGCCACUACGAGGUGACAGAACUGCUUGUUCGUCACGGAGCUUCUGUCAACGUUGCGGAUCUGUGGAAGUUCACUCCGCUGCAUGAAGCAGCAGCCAAAGGGAAAUUUGACAUCGUCAAACUUCUCCUAAAGCAUGGAGCGGACGUGAACCGUAAGAACCGAGAUGGCCACACGCCUCUGGACCUCGUGAGGGACAGUGACCAGGACGUUGCAGAUCUCCUGAGAGGCGACGCGGCUCUUCUCGACGCCGCGAAGAAAGGCGCCCUCGCGCGAGUCCAGCGCCUUACAACCACUGACAACAUCAACUGCAGAGACUCCCAAGGAAGAAAUUCCACGCCGCUGCACCUAGCUGCUGGAUACAACAACUUGGACGUAGCAGAGUUUCUACUACAGAAGGGUGCGAAUGUGAAUGCUCAAGACAAGGGUGGCCUAAUCCCAUUGCAUAACGCUUCAUCCUACGGCCAUAUGGACCUCGCUUCCCUUCUUAUUCGUUAUGAGACUAACGUGAACGCAACGGAUCGUUGGGGCUACACUCCCUUGCACGAAGCGGCACAGAAGGGCAGGACUCAUUUAUCAGCUUUGCUUUUGGCGCACGGCGCUGACCCCUUCAUGAGAAACCAGGAAGGUCAGACUCCUCUGGACUUGGCCACAGCUGAUGACGUGCGUAGUCUCCUACAGGAUGCAAUGAUGAGUCCCCCUACUGCCGGCAGUGCUUCUGCAGUCGGUGAUUCUUUAGGUAUGACAGCCGCCGGCUUGUCCUUAGUACCGUCUUUAGCUUCUUCAGGUGCCAACUUGGUGAGCAGCGGUAGUAGUGGCAGUGCAAGUCCUCCUUUAAUGGGUGGUCUGUGUGCGUCUCUAGCUGCACCUUCUUCACCUGCCCGAGGACUUUUAUCACCUGCGCCAUCUUUACUUUCGUUGCUUCCCUCGCCACAGCCGCAAGAAGUCGAGACGAUCGUAAUGCCAAGUGGUGCUAGCCUCACUUUCUGUCCCAUGGAGAGCAGCGAGGCCGCGGCUGCUGUAGUUGCUGCUGACAUGCCGGCGACGGUGCAGCAGCUGCUCAGGAGUCUAGGGCUUGAGCAGCUUUGUGGUCUUUUUGAGCGCGAGGACAUCAGUUUAGAUGUGCUGUGUGAGAUGAGUCACGAUGACCUGCGGACGGUGGGAGUUGCAGCUUAUGGGCACCGUCACAAGCUGAUGAAGGCUGCGCAGCGCAUCAGGCAACAUCACAGCACCGUGAGUGGCAUCAACAGCGGCUGUACUGUGCUUGUUGAACUCUCCGCAGAUGACAGGGAGUUCGUUGCCGUCGACGAAGAAAUGCAGAACACCAUUAGAGAGCAUCGCGACAACGGUCACGCUGGUGGUAUUUUCUGCAAGUAUAAUAUUGUCAAGAUUCAGAAGGUCCGUAACAGACGUCUCUGGGAACGCUACCGCCAUCGCAGAGGAGAGGUCGGCCACGAGUGCGGCGGUUCUCCCAACGAACGCAUGCUGUUCCACGGCUCGCCUUUUAUUUCGGCCAUCGUGCAGAAAGGAUUCGAUGAAAGACACGCCUACAUUGGCGGCAUGUUUGGUGCCGGUAUUUAUUUUGCGGAACACUCGAGCAAGAGCAACCAAUAUGUCUACGGGAUCGGUGGAGGCACGGGCUGCCCUGUUCACAAGGACCGUUCGUGCUACAUCUGCUGCAGACAAGUGGUGCUGUGCCGCGUCACUUUGGGCCGCUCUUUCUUGCAAUUUUCGGCUCUGAAAAUGGCCCACGCUCCCCCUGGUCACCAUAGUGUCGUGGGACGACCCAGCGCGGGGGGGCUCUGCUAUCCUGAAUACGUUGUCUACAGAGGGGAACAGGCGUACCCGGAGUACCUAAUUACAUACCAGAUCGUCCGUCCAGAAGAGGAGCAGAACAAAGAAGAGGUCCCCCCGCGUGACGCGUAGUGAUGCCCUUUGUAUUAUAGUGCUGCUGCCCUCAGGUCCUGUCUUCAAAUCUGCAGCCCCACCUACUCCGGAUAUCUAGGCUUUAGACGCUUACAAGUUGCACAAACCUUAAACUUUUCUUUGUUGCUACAUCAACCGUCGUCAAAGUUGUAUGUAUCUAAAGGCAUGUGAGCUCGAGUUAUCGUCUGUUGAUGAAGGGUUAAAUGACGCAAUUAUCUCAUGUGAACUGAUAGCGAGGGUCAAAUCGUUAGCUAGGAUAAGAUGUUGUGUUGUAUCUGGUCUUGUUUGGGAAUGUCAGCCUCAAAUCAUAGAGGUGGUGGUGAGAGGUUUAACGUUCGUUUAAAUUCGUUGACAAGACUGAAAGCUAUCAACGUCGGAUAAUACUGAACGUGAGAGAACAUGUUGAUAUAAUUUGAGAUUUUUACCAAAUGAACAAUUUAUAAUCGCAGUCAUUGUUCCGUGUCUACACUCUAUUAUUCCAAUUCUCUUAAUGUGGACCAAACUGUUUCCUGCAAUCGCAUGGCUCACUUUGUUCAUAAGAGAAAACGAAAGGUCUCGAGUAGUUGCUGUCUAAUGAACAAUUUGUAGUUAACAAAUAUUUGAAAAGGUUUUAACCUUAAUGUUUUGUUCCGAAAGUAAGCUGCAGUUUUGAAUAGCUCUGCUUCGAAGCAAUGUGGUCGAGUUUAUUUGCUCAAUUUAUGGGAGACUCUUGAGUAUGACCGUUCAUUGCUACCUUGUUCUUGUUAUUAUUUUUCUAAUACUCCGACCCGUGAUGAAACAUUCCAAUUUUAGUGAGUUUGACAUUCAUUAAACUCUGAUAUUAUUUAGUUUUAGUGCAUGAAUCCAUCAUGAACGUCAUGACUAAGCAUGUUUUUUCUUGUUACCUUUUAUAAUAGACUCCAAAUUGUAUUAUAUUUCAGAUGUGUGUGUGACACUCUCCAAGAUAUGUCGCCAAUUUUAGUCGCAGGAACUUGAAUUGUUCAAAAAAUUUGAAAAAAGCGUCUUUAGACUCGUAUGCGCUUCGGAUGUUUGCUAAAUCGUGAGAUUUUCAUUGCUUAGUUCAGAGAUAAAGUGUGCCUAAUGAUGAAUGGAUUUUAAUACAAUUUUCCCAUUCAAUCGAGUUAACGGAUAAUUAUUGUCGUUUGUUGCUAAAUAGUUGCUUAAAUUUUGCUCUCAUCUGGAUUACCUGUAUUAGCUUUGCGAUUCAUCACCUGCCUUAUAUUUUCUCCCACUUCCACUCUACUUAUUUUUGAUGUUUGGAAAUAAAAAUCGGUGGGAACGAAGUCUUCUAAUGUUAAGGCAGGAAUCAUCAAUCCACAUUCAGUUAUCAAACGAAAUAUGUAAGUUUCUAGGUAUAGAUCUAGAUCGCUGUUCCCAGUCAUUCAAGUAAGGAAUUGGAGUUGAAUCACACCGUCACGUCACGAGAGUUUAUGAAACUUAAGUUUGUAAUUUAUUAUUCAUAGUAAUACCAGUGAUUUUACAGUUCGAUAGCUGUAAUACAUUUUUUGUUUGAUCUCGUACAUGACAUCCUCUUCUAUCAUCGCUUGCAGGGCAAAUUUGAUCCUUCUAUUCAUCAAGAAGCCGGAACUCUGGAAGCUUUUCGUUUAACCACAUGAUAAUAUGGAAAAGCUAUUCUUGAAGUUCCGGUUUAAGUGUGCAUUAAUUUGCUUACUUCUACGAUAAUCUUGUAAUUCUUGUACACAGUGCUGCCAGCUAAAUGUGAUGAUAUGCAGAUAUUUUAUCAACGAACGACUGGACUUCAUUUUGUUACGAAGAUGGCAUCUUGAUUCUACUUCUGCGCAAUUUUUUUUACAGAAUUCGGGUACAAAUUCUGAAAUAGACGAAUCAAGUCAAGCUUUAGUUUGUACAGGAAGACGAAGUUGCUCUUCAGUUUUUCCUCGGCAUACGUAGAGAUGCCUACUAUGUCCUUAUUAAGAAAAAGUAUUGUUGCUACAUUCAUUUAUGUCCAGAUUAACUUUUUUUCUCUGGUCACGUUAAAACUGACGUUAAAAUAAGCUUUUUUAUUUGUUAUUUUGUCAUUUUAUACACCAUCAUAUUUUCAGUGUUGAGAACAUUCACUACGAGCGCUUGUGAAUCUAUUCAAUGAUGUCUAAUUGCAGCUAUCGACUAUCCUCAUCGUUCUGGAAAGGCCGCCAUAAGGUCAUGUACACGUCAUUGAUAUUUCGGUGCGAAAUUUUCCACUAAAGUAGUGGCAAUUCCAACCUUUGUAAAUACGCUAUGAAUUUUAAUCAAGAGCGUCACCUGAUAAAAUGACGCUUAGCUGUUGUAUGCGUGAGCGUUUCAAUCAGUUGAAAACUUGAAAGUGUCCUCCGUCCGAUGUCUCCUCUAAUAAUCCAAAUUCUGUUUUUUUAUUCGAUCCACAUAAACUGCUCAAUGCUCAGGAUUCAUUUGGUUGUUUAUCAAAUUUAUAUUAUUCAUAAGGAAAUUUCACAGGUUCUCAGUGCAUUCAGCUGUUCAAGUUCAUCUUUAUUUAUCUUGAUAAUUUUGUGUUCAGUGUUGGUCGGUUGAUACCUAGCGAAUGUUCAUAUUUAUGAUGUGUAGGAGGCUGGAUUUUAAAGAGUGGUAGUGUACUGACAGUAAUAGAUUUACUCGCGUUUUUAUCUACAAAUUUACUAACAUUAGCACUACUUCCUAGGCUACAAAAUAUUACUCGGUCGUUGAAAUUAUUGUAGUUGAAAUUUAUAUAGGCAUAAUGAACGAGAUGUGCAAUAGUUGAUCAGAAACAGCAAUUAUUCCCUUGGCCUUCUGUGGUGAUUUCCUCCUUAACGUUUCUGAAAAGUUUAUGUAUUAAAUCGAAUUUGUUUCGUGUACGUUCGCACUCGUGUGUUCGCGAAGCUUGAUACAAUGCCGAUCAGUUAACCAGUAUUAUUCUGAAGUGUCGAAUCAGAUCGCGGGGCAGUCGAACGUCUUAGAGUGGAUUACUCCUGCAAUUAUAUCGCAUAAUAACAAAUUAAACCUAGUUACGAGAGUCGUUUUUAACUGCUCAGCGCGGCAAUAAAAACUGAAAUUAAUGUGCUAGUGGAAAUCGGCUAAAGAAUGGAACUUAUUUUGUUGCAGGAUGAAUACGUCGUGAUUACCUAGAAAUCCGUUGGUUCGCAAGUGGAAGCCGAACCUUUAACUUCUCUAAUGCUAUUUCAAACAUUUGGGUUCUCUCGAGAUGAGGUGGGAGAAGUGGGGUUGCUUCUCGCAAAUAGCUUCUGUACACGAUGAUAAUUUGUAGAUAACGUGCGGCAUGAUCUCUACUACUUUUUUACAAUUUCAACUUUCUUGUGUGUCGAUGAGCUGAUAUAGAAUUUAUAGAACUCUU